UACCUCUCCUCUGAUUGAUCAGCACACUUCUUUUAGCAAUGGAGCCCCUGAUUAGACGCCAGAGCGAUAAAAUUGCUUGUGUGCAGUCCUUUAACCCAUCCGUUCCCAGAGCUCUUCAUAUGCGGCAGGGCUAUGCCCACAGUGUCAGCGGAGGAGCAGGUGGCCAUGGGGCCAGGAUCUCCAUCAACUAUGUCAGUGGCUUCGGCGGUGGGUACAACUACCAAACCUUGUCCUCUGGGUCCACUUCUGGAAACAUGGCCAUCGGGAAUGAGAAGGUAACCAUGCAGCACCUGAACGACCGUCUGGCCAGCUACCUGGAGACGGUCAGGAAUCUGGAGAAGGCCAACAGCAAGCUGGAGAUCAAAAUCAGAGAGGCCAUCGAAAAGAGGGGCCCCUUGGAGGGGAGCGACUACGGCAAGUACAACGCCAUCAUUGCAGAGCUGAGGGGCAAGAUAUUGGACAUGACCAAGGACAACGCACAUCUUGCCAUCGCUGUAGACAAUGCGCGCCUGGCCUCAGAAGACUUCAGAGUCAAGAUGGAUUAUGAGCUGGCCAUGCGUCAAACAGUGGAGGCUGACGUUAACAGACUGAGGAAGAUUCUGGACGACACCAAUGUAAUUCGUCUGCACCUGGAGAGCGACAUUGAGUCUCUAAAGGAAGAACUGAUCAACCUGAAGAAGAAUCAUGAGACUGAUGUUGCUGAAUUGCAUACCCAGAUCACACAAGCUGGCGUCCGCGUGGACGUCGACGCUCCUAAAGGACAGGACCUGGCCCGGAUCAUGGAGGAUAUGAGGGCCAAUUAUGAGAAGAUAGCACUGAAGAAUCAGGAGGAGCUCAAAGCUUGGCAUGAAUCUCAGAUCACAGAGGUGCAGGUCCAAGUGACUCAGAGCACAGAAGCUCUGAAGGAGGCCACGAGUGCAGUGACUGAAACUAGGAGGAGGUAUCAGGGACUGGACAUUGAACUGCAGUCUGCACUUAGUCUGAAAACAUCCCUGGAGGCCACCCUCCAUGACAUCGAGAUGCGUUACAACAUGGAGGUAGAGAAGUACAACAACAUCAUCCUGAAGCUGCAGGAGGAGCUGACUGAGAUCCGCAACAACAUCCAGCAUAACACAAGAGAGUAUGAGCAGCUGCUCAACAUCAAGGUGAAACUGGAGGCCGAGAUCGCCGAGUACAGGAGGCUGCUGGACGGUGGGGCAGAUUUUAAACUGGAGGAUGCAAUUGAUCAGAAGAAAGUCCAGACCCAAGUGGUGACAGUCACUCAGACCCUGGUGGACGGCAAAGUGGUGUCAGAGAGCAAGAACAUUAAAUCCAGUGAAAAUGCUGCUGUUCAUUAGAAACUGAA